AUGGAUAUGGAAGCAGAAUUUGAGGAUUUUCAGAAGAAGAAUACCCCAUCCUUGAUUGGGUCUUCUGUCAGAAACUCCAGCACUCCUAGUGGGGACUUAGACAAAGACGAGCCCGAAUCGAUCAUUCUAGAUCGCGCUCGUUCCAGCUCGAGGCCCGUCAUCAAAUCCAAUCCCUCAACCUCCCAUAUAGGGUUUGUGUCCGUGGAGGAACUCAAGGCGGAAGGUGGGCUUCUCAACGACGAGGAGGGAGAGGUUCUUGACGAGAUCCUUGACGAGGAAGGUCAUCUGAAAAAAGAUGCAUUGCAAUUAAAAGAACGGCUGAAGACCGAAGAGGAAGGAAUUUCCAGCUACAUCCAGUCUCCUGGCAGCGAGGUUUCCUCUGAGCCUGUUCGUGAAAAGGAGCACCUAGUUUUUGGCGGUGAUGCGGGAAAUUUUGUGGCGCCUGCCGCUGCCAAAUCAAGUCACUUGACUGAUUUCAAAUACGACAGUCCUUCUAGAGAGCCUCCAAAGCCAGAAGAAAAAGACCGCGAUUUGAUCGAACCCGGAAAACUCACUACUGUAGACGAUAUACUGCAGAGAAUCAACCAAGGAAGCAGGGAACUGACCGAGGAGUCGGAAAACCCACCAAAACCAGAAGCCAAAGUGCGUCAGGACAAGAUGCCAGAACUCUUCGGCUAUUCGAAUGAGGUCGACCAGCUUCUGACAGCUCCAGCCAGUAGGAGGGAAGGAUCGAGCUCAAGACUAAUGAGAGAGAGACAGAGAUCACGCUCGCGUCCCGCAGACAGCUCUGGAUCACCAUUCAGGGAAGGCAUUGGAAUGUACAGACCGCAUCUGGCAAAAGGUGAUUCCUACCACAGCGGUAUCUCGAACGACGAAUACAGUCAAGGCAGUGUCAGCAGCGAUGCUCCUGUGGAGAGAAAACCAAGACAUGAUCCUGGGUCGGUCAGACUUUCGAGCUCUUCGUCUCUGAACUACUUGCGUUCCAUUUCGAGAUCCAGGUCGAGAGCCGCCAAUGACAAAGAUGCGAUAGGCAAAGACAGGGGUAUUGACCAAAACGAACUCAAAGAGGAAGGUGUUCUCAUGCACGAUGGCGAUUUCUCCCAACUGCCCGAUUACGAAGACGCAAUCACCAACGCCUUGAAUAUUGUUGAGAAUACUAAAAGUGUGAAAGACGGAUCGAAGGUUGGGAGGCACAAGGAGAACAUUGUGAGUGACUUGCAUAAUUCUCUAAAUUCAAGGGAUUUAGGAGAACUUAACGAAGCCGAUGAGGACCAUGAUAUCCUGAAAGAGAAAAAAAAUGAGCUCAAAUCAGUGAACAAGGGCGUGAAAGGUGACAGCAUUCCACCUGAUGAACACGUUAACUCUGAUAGCAAGACCGCUGCUUCCCAGGAUUUAAACGCUGAGGAAGUUGAUACCAAGAGCUCUGACUCCGUUCAAAAGUUGUCGGAUGAAUCUAGAGAUGAAGCGAAGCAGACUGAUACUUCGGAGGAAAAGUUGCCAGGACAGCCAGAUAUCGUUGAAAGUCUCGAUGAGGAACGGCAGGAAAGCACCCAUUCCGUCGAAACGAAGAGCGAUGAAACAGAAGACAAGGAUGUUCAUAGUGAAGCUGCUACACGGCCAAAUUUAGCAGAGACCAACAUUGACAACGCGCCAUCUCAAGACCACGUUAACGCUGAUGAUGAUCUUCCUACCAAAACAUCCGCGGACGAAACUAUUUUGGAGCAACCUAAAGAGUCUUUAGACUCGCUAACCACAAAGCUAGAGUCCAGCACGCUUGCGGAAGCACCAGAAAAACCCACCGCUAAUAUUGAGGGAACUGGCGAGGUUAGCAUUGAGAAGGAAGCCCCUAUUCAGCAAGACACACCCAUCAAGGAUGAAGUUAAAGCAAUAGAACCUAUCAAAGAGAAAGAUGCGCCAGUCCGGGACACUCAAGCGAAAAAAUCUGUUUCUAAUUCAUUCGACGACGAUGACGACAUUGAGGAACUGCUGAGGGCUGUUGAAAAGGAACAGCCAGCUCAGUCGUCUACCAGCACUGCAAAUAAAGGUUCGGUUUAUGUUCCCAAGGGAACAAAAAUGACAUUCGAGGACGAACCUGUGUUCAUUUACACAUCUUUGGCAGGCGGCUUCCAAAUUGCUACUCGAACAAACAGACUGCAGACUAUUUUGACCGCCAAUAGGGUCAAGUUUGGAUUCAAAGACCUGGGAACUGACGAGCAAGCUAAAAAGGUUUGGAGGCGUUACAGCGAAGGGAAAACUCUUCCCGGAAUAGUUAGGGGUAAGGAUGAUUUUAUUGGCAAUUGGGAAGAUGUUGAAGAAGCCAAUGAAAAUUAUGCGGUUAGAUCUUUGAUAUACGAGACAUACUAG